AUGACGGACUCGACGAAUGGUCCACGAGACGUCACGGCGGACCGGAAGAAAGCGUGGGAGUCGUCAUCGGACUUUGCCAACUACUUUUGCACGUAUGCGUUCAUUUACCACCAGAAACAGAUGCUCUCGGACGACCUGCGCAUGCAGAGCUACCGGGACGCGAUUUUCCUCAACCCGAACCAUUUCCAGGAUAAAGUCGUGCUGGACGUGGGGACAGGAAGCGGCAUCCUGGCCAUCUGGGCAGCUCAAGCGGGUGCUCGACGGGUGUUUGCCGUGGAAGCGACGGACAUUGCCGUGCAAGCGCGCAAAGUGAUCAAAGCCAAUGGCCAGGACCACGUCGUGACGGUCAUUCAAGCCAAGAUGGAAGACGUGGAGCUCCCAGAGAAGGUGGACGUCAUUAUCUCUGAGUGGAUGGGCUACUUUCUCCUGCGCGAGUCCAUGUUCGACUCGGUUCUUGUCGCGCGUGACCGGUGGCUCAAGUCGGACGGUGCGAUGUUCCCGUCCCAUGCUUCCAUGUCCAUCGCUCCCAUGUGCAAUGAGGACAAUAGCAACAAACGCUUUAGCGAGUUCUCGUCCGCAAUGGAUGGAUGGCGCAGCUUUGUCGACAAUACCAAGAACGCAUGGGGCGUCGACAUGAGCGUGCUCGGUAACGCCUUCCGCAAGGAGCAAGAGCAGUACUCGCUGCACACGUCGUCGUGGGAAGAGCUCGGGGCUGGGGACCUCAUUGGCGACGAGGUGGAGUUUGCCACGUGGGACCUCAAGACCUGCACGCUGGACGACAUCAAGGAGGUCAAGGCGUCGUUCUCCAUGCCAAUCACCAACAUGGCGCGCUUCGGUGGCAUUGCCGGCUGGUUUGACGUCGACUUUCGAGGGUGCGUCGAGAAUCCAGCCGAGAAGGUCGUGACGCUCACUACGUCGCCGUUUGUGCAGCCCACGCACUGGGGCCAGCAGGUUUUCCCGCUCUACCCGCCCAUCCAAGUGUGUGAAGGGGACGCCAUCGUCGGGGACAUUGCGGUCAGGCGUCGUGCCGACAACCAGCGUCUCAUGAACGUCAAGUUUGACUUCCGUAUCCAUCGCCCGGACGAUGGCGACGAGAGGAGCACGUCGUCCCCACUCAACUCGGCGGUCUUCCAGAUUGAAUAA